AAUGAAUUUAACGAAAUCAUAACUUCAGGAUUCAUAAUACCGGUGGCUGUACUACGGGAGACACGUCCAACUGAAGGAUGGACAUUGAACCGGAGACUCUAUUAGAGUACCUCAUCAUCGAAUACCGAUGGCUGCUGGUGAUCACAACGUUGAUGCCCCUCUCGUUCUUCUGGAAGAUCUGGUCCUACAUCAGGAAUUACGUCGUGUUCAAGUUGAACAGCGCGCCGCGAGCUCACGAACGAAAAGUGAAAGAAGUUCAAAGACAGGUACAAUUAUGGCUGAGUGGCGACCGGAGUGCUAAACUAUGUACAGCUAGGCCGUCCUGGCAGACCAUGUCGUUCAGACGAGGACUCUACAAGAACACGUUUACGAAAAUCCACAUCAAUCUAAUUGAUAUUCUUGAAGUCAGCAUUCAUGAUAUGACGGUACGUUGUGAACCUCUGGUAACAAUGGCCCAGGUGUCUAAAACCUUGGAGCCACUAGGCCUAGCCCUUGCUGUUCUACCGGAACUGGACCAACUCACUGUUGGAGGCUUGGUGAUGGGAACUGGUGUGGAAACUUCAUCACAUGUGCAUGGACUGUUCCAGCACAUAUGCCUGCAGUACGAACUGGUGUUAGCUGAUGGUUCUGUGGUCACUUGUAGUAAGGAGCAGAACCCAGAUCUGUACUAUGCUGUACCCUGGUCAUACGGAACAUUAGGAUUUUUGACAUCUGCUACUAUUAAAAUCGUCCCAGCUAAGAAGUUCGUCCGUUUGCAGUAUCACCCGCACACGAAUCUGCAAGAAUUGUCGAAACAAUUCAGAGAAGAAUCUGAGAAAGUGAAACCACAUCAGUUUAUAGAGGCCUUGUUGUUCAGCAAGGAUAGCGGAGUGAUGAUGACCGGUGAUAUGGUUGAUGAGAUCGGUGAUGACGGGAAGUACAAUCCCAUCGGAAAAUGGUACUCAGAGUGGUUUUUUACUCAAGUAAAGCGGCACUUAGAUUGCUACAGACAAGAAGAGAAGUUAACCCCUGUACAAUAUAUACCUCUUCGAGAUUACUACCACAGACACACUAGAAGCUUCUUCUGGGAGUUGCAGGAUAUUAUUCCCUUCGGCAACAACCCAUUAUUCCGACUGUUGUUCGGUUGGCUGAUGCCUCCAGAGGUUUCACUCUUGAAACUUACCCAGCCAGAAGCAGUAACCAAGCUAUACAAUAAAGCCCACGUCAUUCAAGAUAUGCUGGUGCCCAUUAAGUCCAUGGAGAGUGCCGUACAGCUGUUCCAUGAGGAGUUUGAGGUUUACCCAAUUUGGUUAUGUCCCUUGAAAGUGUUCAAUGUACCCGGGCAGCUGAAGAUUCAUUCUGAUGACUGGCAAAUGUUUGUUGAUAUUGGGGUGUACGGCGUCCCCAAGGCUAAAGAAUUUGAAACGGUGUCAUCAACAAGACGUAUAGAACACUUCGUAACGGAGCAGAAAGGAUUUCAAAUGUUGUACGCAGACACGUACACAACUCGAGACGAGUUCAGGAGAAUGUUUGAGCACACACUCUACGACAAACUGAGAGAUAGCCUCCCGUACUGCAAGGAAGCCUUUCCAGAAAUAUACGGAAAAGUUAAUAGAAACAUAAGAAAAUAAGUUAUGGUUUUUGAAAAGACCUUAAGAAUAUCUUCAUGCCUUUAUAAACUGUUCUGAUUGCAAUUAUGAACUCCAAAAAUUGUUAAUGUUCAGAAAUCCUGUUAUAUUGACAUCCAUAAAAUGAAAGACUUGAACACACCCAUGAAGUAAUAUUUCUUCGGUAUAGCAAAACAAAAAUAACUCUUAUAUAUAAAUGAUAUUAUGAUAAAUUGAUUGUAUAGAUGUGUCGCGACAAUACUGCCAUAACAUAACAAGUUAAAACUAUUUUGACUCUAUUAUUUACAAACCUCAAUGUAUUGACAGUUUCUCAUAAGAAAAAACAAACAGUUCACAACAAAUUUUAGGUAUUAUAAUGGAGUAAGUCGACACUAUCCUGCUGACCAGGCAAUGGUAGGUGUCCCUCACCGGAGACCUCUUCGGAGCAUCUUAUAAGAUAUGUCAUAAAAAGAAUACGUUAGUAAAACAUCGCAUAAGAUCCAUCACAUUUCUGGUAUCUGUGGAACUCGUGAUAGACGUCCCAAACUAAUCGGCGUUAACAGACUUCAGACGAAUCUGUGGCAGCUGUGUCACAUUCAACAUACUCCUAGUUCAUCAGACGCGGAUAUACAGUAGAAACCUGCCUAGAUUCUGACAUGAUCCUGGAGCUCUCCGCGCACCGACGCCACCAAUGUACAUUAGCCUAAGGCUGA